AUGGAAGGGAUUAUCUCCAACGGCUCUAAGCUGUCACCCCCGCUCCCUCCCCCAGAUCCUAUCCAGCGCCCCCCAACUCCACCUCCGCCUCCUCCUGCUGAAGACUCAGCCGCUCCGCCGCCGCCGCCAGACGCCGCCGCCCCUCCACCUCCUCCAGAUGAUGCGCGUCCUCCGCCGCCGAUCGAAACUACAAAGAAGAAGCAAGGAUGGGGUGUGAAGAAGCCUGCUGUGACUCCGUUGAGUGUGGAAGAGCUGAUACGCAAGAAGAAAGAAGCAGACGCGGCAACAGCAAAGCCUAAAUUCUUAUCUAAAGCUCAGCGUGAAAAGCUAGCAUUGGAAAAACGAGCUCAAGAGGUCGAGGCAGAGCGACAAGCCAAAGCCCGCGCCAAUGCCGCUGCUCGGGAUGAUUUCACGACCGAUCCAUUGCCGGUGAGCUCUCAAGGACCUAGGAACUCUCGGGAGGAUUCAAAUCGAAAUGUUCCCACCGGCCCGCGAGCGAUGCGCGAUGAGGCUCCAACCGGGCCUGCUGCUAUGCGCAAGGGGGCCAAGCAGUCUAAUCGCGACUCAGACAUGCCUCCCCCACCCAAAACUAAAGGGGAAAAGCGCGUGACGGAAGAGGACGGCGCGGCAGCGCUGGCUGCUCUGACCAAAAACCGAUACAUGGGAGCAGAUCGCAAGCGCACAACGGACCGCAAGUUCAACUUCGAGUGGAAUACUGAGGAGGAUACAAGUGGCGACUACAACCCAAUAUAUCAACAACGACACGAGGCCAACUUCUUUGGCCGGGGACGAUUGGCCGGCUUUGGCGAUCACGUCGCAGAUGAAGUGACACGCAAGUAUGCCGAUGCAUUGAUCACUCGCGACCAAGAGGCUGGCAGCGCGCGUGCCAGUGAAAUUCUUGAAAUGGAACGCCGGCGACGUGAGGAAAGUACCCGCAAUCAGCUGGAUAAGCACUGGAGCGAAAAGCGGUUGGACCUUAUGCGCGAACGAGACUGGCGUAUCUUCAAAGAAGACUUCCAAAUCGCUACCAAAGGUGGCAGUGUACCCAAUCCUAUGCGCUCAUGGGAAGAGAGUCUAUUGCCGAAGCGCCUAUUGGAGCUUGUUGACCGAGUUGGGUACAAAGAGCCCACGCCUAUUCAGCGUGCAGCCAUCCCUAUCGCGAUGCAAUCCCGAGAUCUCAUCGGUGUCGCCGUCACAGGUUCCGGUAAAACAGCAGCGUUCCUCCUCCCCCUCUUGUGUUAUAUCAUUGAGCUACCACGUUUUGACGAAGAUGAAACGCGCAAGAAUGACGGGCCAUAUGCUCUUGUUCUAGCGCCCACGCGUGAAUUGACACAGCAAAUCGAGAUCGAAGUUAAGAAGUUCGCACAGCCUCUUGGAUUCAACGUCGUCAGUCUUGUUGGUGGUCACGCAAUUGAAGAGCAAGCCUACAACCUGCGCAACGGUGCAGAAAUCAUUAUUGCCACACCUGGUCGUCUAGUUGACUUUAUUGAUCGUCGCCUGCUAGUCUUCAGUCAAUGUUGUUAUGUGGUCAUGGACGAAGCUGAUCGUAUGAUCGAUCUUGGCCUCGAAGAUCAGGUCAACAAAAUUCUAGAAGCCCUUCCCGUCACCAACGAAAAGCCCGACUCAGAAGCAGCGGAAGACGCGCGAGCUAUGACCCAACAGCAGUACCGUCAAACCAUGAUGUACACAGCUACCAUGCCUCCCCCGAUUGAGCGCAUCGCGCGCAAAUACCUCCGCCGACCGGCCAUCAUCACUAUCGGUGGUGUCGGCGAAGCCGUCGACACCGUUGAACAACGCGUCGAAAUGAUUUCCGGCGAAGAGAAGCGCAAGAAACGUCUCGCUGAGAUUCUGUCAUCAGGCGAAUUCCGACCUCCAAUCAUGGUAUUCGUCAACAUCAAACGAAACUGCGAUGUUAUUGCCCGUGAUAUCAAGAAAAUGGGCCAUUCGACUGUCACUCUUCACGGAAACAAAACUCAAGACCAGCGUGAGGCCGCCCUAGCCUCCCUGCGCAAUGGUUCAACAGACGUCCUGGUGGCAACCGACCUCGCAGGAAGAGGUAUCGAUGUACCGGACGUCUCGCUUGUCCUUAACUUCAACAUGGCGACUAAUAUCGAGAGCUACACUCACCGUAUCGGUCGUACUGGUCGUGCCGGAAAGAGCGGUGUCGCUAUAACCUUCCUGGGUAGCGAAGACGCCGAAGUCAUGUAUGAUCUCAAACAGAUGCUUAUCAAAUCACCCAUCUCACGGGUCCCCGAGGAACUGCGCAAGCACCCAGCGGCGCAGCAAAAACCCACCCGCGGUGCUGGAGGAAAGAAGAUCGAGGACAGUUCUGGGUUUGGAGGUAAGGGUGGAUGGGCGUAG